AUGCGAGUGCCGGCUGGGGUAGGGACGGGAGCCCCUGCGCUCCCGUGGCUGCUGCUGCUGCUGCUGCUGUCCCACUUAGCCCACGCAGCCAUCCUGGAGGUGAACGGGAACCUGAGCUGUAGGUGUGCCAAGGCAACCUCGGACUACAUCAGUCCCAAGAAAUACGAGAGCAUUGAGAUAAGGCCCGUAGGAAGCACCUGCAGGCGCACGGAGAUCAUAAUUAAAUUAAGAGCUGCAGGGAAGGUGUGCGUGAAUCCCGAAGCCCCUUGGGUAAAGAAGCUGCUGAAGCGUAUCGCCAGCACGUGA